CAGCGGAGCAGGGCGAAGGCAGACGGGAGGAGAGGAGGCAGAAGCAGGGCGGCUGGAGCAGGGACGGCUCGGAGCAGUCAUGGGGGAUGCCUUCAUCCGGCACAUCGAGCUGCUGGGCUAUGAGAAGAGGUUCUUCCCCAGCCAGCAUUAUGUCUACAUGUUCCUGGUGAAGUGGAAUGACCUCUCUGAAAAGCUUGUCUAUCGCCGGUUUACUGAGAUCUACGAGUUCCACAAAGCACUGAAGGAGAUGUUUCCUAUUGAAUCCGGGGACAUCAAUGUGGAGAAACGGAUCAUCCCACACUUGCCAGCCCCAAAGUGGUUUGAUGGGCAGCGCUCAACCCAGAACAGGCAGGGCACACUGGCCGAGUACUGCUACACGCUGGUCAACCUGCCUCACAAGAUCUCCCGCUGCCUGCACGUGGUCGACUUCUUCAAGGUCCGUCAUGAUGACAUGAACCCUGUCACAGACAGCCAGAUCAGGAAGCCUGAGGUCUUCCUCCUGCCGAAGGAUGCCAAGAAAAACUCCACUGACAUCACAGGCCCCAUUGUCCUGCAGACGUACCGAGCUAUUGCUGACUACCAGAAAAGCUCUAAAACUGAGAUGGCUCUAGAAGCUGGGGACAUGGUGGAUGUCGUGGAGAAGAGCGAGAGCGGCUGGUGGUUUUGCCAGUUGAGGAAUAAACGGGGCUGGGUGCCAGCAUCCUAUCUGGAGCCGAUGGAUGGGCCUGAUGAGUCUGAAGAGCAGGAGCCCAACUAUGCAGGUGAGCCAUACAUUGUCCAGAAAAGCUACACAGCCAUGGAGGAGGAUGAGCUGACCCUCAAGGAGGGUGAUACCAUUGAAGUCAUCCACAAGCUCCUUGAUGGCUGGUGGGUCAUCAGGAAGGAUGAAACCACGGGUUAUUACCCCUCCAUGUACCUGCAGAAAGCUGGGGAGGUGAACACCUCUGUGAAGAGUGAGCUGAGGAACCAGAGUGCUCCUCCACGGAGAUCCACCAUCCGGAAUGUAAAGAGCAUCCACAAGCAGAGACGGAAGCAGAUCAGCCAGGAAACCUACAGGAGGAACAGCAGAAAGUACAUACAGAGCAGGAGGAACAUGAAGGAGAAUUUCCAGAACAAAGCCAAUGUCAUCAUUGAGAAAAACGAGCCAGAGGAGAACAAGCCCAGGGCUCAACCUGCUGUUCCUCCCCGUCCCAGCAAAGACCUCAUCCUGAACCGCUGCACUGAGAGCACCCGCAGAAAGAUCUCCAUCCACCGUCACGAUGAGCCCAAGAUGUCCCAAUGACACCAUGAGGAGGGACCCAGUCCUGCUCCACCAGCUCCUGGGGACCUGAGGCCCCCACAGCCUUGCCCGUAGACCCCCUUUUACCCCCCAUUUGUAUUUUGGAUGAUUUUGCAUUUUUCACCAAUAAAGGAGAGAUACUUUAUA